GGAAUGUUUUUUGCAGCUUGCAGUCCAAAUUCUUCUGUCUUGAGACAUGUCAGUGAGCGGUGACGAUGAUGAUCUCCCUACAUGCGAAUGUGGACAGACCAUGACCAUCGAAAAGGGCACCAUUCCGAUGUGGAGAUGCAACAUUUGUGAAGAGUUAAAGGCUUCUGUCCUGAAAUACACCUGCGCUUGCGGGCGCAGUGUUUGUGAUGAGUGUGCUUGGCUCAAUUGCGGUGAGGAGAUUGAGGAGGAAUGGGAAGAAGACUAUGAAGAAUGGGAUGAGUGCUGUGAAAUCGGCGCAUCUAAUUUUUGGAACGGCUGCGACCAGUACCAGCACCAAGAAGAGGAGCAAUGGCAAGAUUGGGACUGCGAAGCUUCACCGGAGGACUGGGAAGAGUACGGAGAGUAUGGCCAAUGGAAUGAGUACUGCGAGGUUGGCGCCCAGGAAUGGAGUGGAUGUGACCAAGAUGAUGAGGCAGUUGCGAAAUAUUCUGAUCAACUCCCAACCCUCCUCACAGAGGCCCAGAAGGCAACGCAAGAGCUCAAAGCAGCUCUCAAUUUGAAAGACUGCGAUGCCGCUCCCUGUGAUGAAAUAUGUAGAAAUUCUAAUGCAAUGCAUACGAGUGAAUCUGGAGACAGGCCGAAUGGUCACACUCCUUCUGAUUCGUUGUGAAGUGCAGAGUGAAAUUUAGACUCUGAAAUAGUUGUCACGAUUGCUGUGGCAAGUUUUCAGUGCGUAGGCAUUUGAAUCGAUAGGCCGAUGCCUGCCAGACAACUGCAGGUGUUUCCC